AUGAUGUUUAAUGGACUUUUGUGUGAUUCGGAUUGUAAUUAUUAUUUCAAAGGAAGCAGCGGACCGUCAAGCAUAGCGGACAGCGUGAGUGGAACGGAGCGGACGCGUUGCCUACAGGACAAGCUACAUGCAACACUACAAAUUUUAAAGAACAAAGAGGAGACGGUAAAAGUUCAAGCGGAGAGUCUCGCACUGGCAGAGGCCCGUCUCUCUGCACUCGCUAUUCGUACACAAAAAACAAACACACACCGCGCCCUGCAAGUUCAACCGAUCCAAAAAGAAUCGGGAAACGGAUGUAAAGUGGAAAUGACUGAUGUCUCAAUAACUGCACACACACAGGGAGUGGAUGAAAAUGUGAAAACGCUUAAGGAUAAGUUGUCUGUUGUCGAAGAUCUUUACAGAGAAUGCUUCUAUGAAUCGGCAAAGCAGGAUCAGCUUAUAGAAAAUCUAAGAGGUUCCUACAUACAAAUGAGAUUGAUGGAGAAGGAGAAAGACAGCCACCUCACUUGUCUCCAACAUGUUGUCGACACUCAGCGAUCUUCAGCUUUUGCAUAUCAGGAUAUUGCCUCAGAAGUGGACCAUUUGAAGGCUGAAAUAUCAAAUUUCUUGAACAACUCCAAUAAUGACUCGGGCAUGUGGGAAAGGACCGAAGAUUGUGACAUCACGACUGACCUCCGGCAUAUCGCUGAACAAUUACACCGACUUCAGGAUUUGCUGACCGAAGACUGUUCCUGUGGUUUAAAUGAAGAGAAUAGAAUACUGAAGCGUGCAAAUGAAAUUAAUGAAAGGGUGAUUGGUGAACUUCGUGACAGUAUUAGUAAAUUAGAGGACAAUUUUGAAAAUAAGGAGAAUAGUGACCAGCGCUUCGAAACAGUCGUUGCCGAGAAGGAACGUGAGUUAAGGGAAAUAAGAAAUCAGUUAAACGACUUAGAGAACACGUCGCAGCGUUCAUGUUGCUGUGACCAACUGUCUUUACAAUUGCAACAAGUUCAAGGGUCUUUGAAUGAUAAAACGUUGGAGAUGGUGCAAAUGCAACGAAGAUAUGAAGAACAAAACGUGACUAUCUGCCAACUAAGAGAGGAGCAUGAGCAAACAAAAACCAUUAAGGAAGAGAAUAUUUGCUUACAACAGGAAGUAAGCAAGCUGAGAUGUGAGGUGUCGUCAUGGCGGUCGCAGCAAGAAGCCAGUUCGAUGCGUUUGCGACAGUUACAAAAGGACUUGCAACGCUCACAGCAUCGGUAUAGACAUCUGGCUGAUCACUACAAGGAAAUAUCCAGCUUUGCUCAUGAGCUUCAAACUCAGUUAAAAGAAGCACAUACCCGCGGAGCCAAGCUGUGUGGAGAAGCAAGACAUCUUGUUUGCGCCGUCAGACAUAGCCUCAAGAGACAGAGGAAUAGACAAAGAGAACAGAAUGAAAGGAUAAAAGAACAGGAGACAAUAAUUCACGCUCUUCAGGAUUCGGAUACGGAGAGCGCUCUUUUAACAGAACCAUGUUGUUCCAAAUACUUAUCAAGUACAACCAGUUCCAAAGGGGACAGAAAAAGAAGUGUAAGUGAGACAGCAUCACCGCCAACACCACCACGACGGCUACAUAAUAAGACAUCGGCAGACGAGUGCCACUGGUUUCAUCCCAACAUUCGAAGUGCGGGUGUACAACAGCCAACGCGUAGUUCUUGUGGGACAGGCACAGAUACACCACGCCCUGUUCGAGUGUGUAGCUUACGGAACAGUGGCGAGGUGUCCCCAACUGAAGAGUUACUAGAGCGAGUAGAACGCGCACAUGAAGCUUUGUCGCAGGCGCAACGACGAUGGUGUCAACGGGCACCAAAAUGA